AAAGCUGAUGCCUGCAGGCAUAGCCUCAUAGCUUCAAGCCUUAAGGAUGUUAAAAGCCUCACACGUCCCCUAUCUCCUAGGAUACUAAGUACAUUCCACAAGCUUUGCAAUCAUCGCUAUUCAACUCUUCACAGCAAUGUCUUCCAGAGACUUUUCCUUGCUGUCCCUGUUCCAUCGUCGCAAACCCAAGGUUCAUAACCAAGUUAACCGGAUUUCGACCCUCAUUCUACCCACCCGAGCCCCCCCUCUGCUCACGCCCCCUCUGCUCGCCCUCCCACGCGAAAUCCGCGACAUGAUAUAUGCCUACAUUCUCCCGAGAAAGCGCCGAUCGCCAAUGUUACCCACCCCUCACACGGGCUUUACCUCCGUCUCCGCACCUUCGCCGCCGUUCUCCCUGCAGCUCACCUGUCGCCAGCUGCGUUCCGAGCUUAUGGACGCCUUCUACUUGAUUGCCGUAUUCGAGGUCGGCAACCUAAAUUCGCACUCGAGGAGGUGGCGUAAUGAUCCAGAUUACGAGAUUUUGGCUGCCUCGCCGCACUUAGCACGAAUUCGCCACAUCCGAGUACGAAUAUCACUAGAUAGAAUGAGCUUUAAGGCAGGUCACGCCCACGACGCCAUGUUCCAUGAGCUAUCUUCAGAACAAAGCGUGGAGAUGGUUUGUCAAAAGGCGGCGCAGUUGGCAAAUGUUUUGCAGAACGGCGCAGAGAAUUUGAGAAGCGUGACGGUGGAUUGGUGGGACGAUUUUGGGUAUAGAGAAGUUGUGGAGAGGGGGAGGGUGUUUGAGCAAUUUCGGUUCCUGGACGGGGUGAGGUGGAAAGCUGGGAAUAUAUAUGCGCUUAAGAGGGUCAAGAGGGACGUUGAGCAUGAGGUAAGGAAGGGCUUGCAGGAACUAGAUGAGGGCAUGCUUCGUAAUAGAAAGGGCGUGUCGGGAAGAAUUGAGGGCAUCAAGGAGGCGGACGACGAUAUGAGAUGAGAAGGAACAUGGCUAAAGACGCUUGGACAAUGGACUGUACCUCUAAUUACAUAUACCACGGACCACCUGCGUGUUAUGCCUGCAGUGCCAGGCCAAAUGCUUGGGCAAGAGGAUAUAGCACUGCUUGGGUGCCACUUUGGAAGCUAGAUACUGCUGUCGGGAGGAGCCCUGUUGCCAGGAAGCCAGCCAGCCAAGAGGUAGCUCAGACACCGCUGCAUGUGACGUCGCGUCUAUAUUCUUUAAAAAACCCAUCGAGGUACCUCAAGCAGUGGUAAAUGAAGGUGCACAGACUUAUGGCCUGCCACUG